AUGCUCUGCCAAUGCCCCAAACUCACCCCCCUUCAAUCGCGACUGCUGGCUUCAGUCUCCGCUCUCGCUUUGCUGGCCCUGAUCUACUGGUCGCUGUCGAACCCUCACUUUGCAUAUGCCGCCGAACUCGCUCAUGAUGGGACUGGACAGCUGAGGGAAGGGGAAGAUCACAACUGGCACCGGAUACGCGAGGAAGGAGAUGGCGAUGACGUGGUGGGUUUGAGCAGAAGGGAGACCAAGGAUACUCAAUUUCAGGGCAACAACAUUGGCACUCUAUUCGACAUAUCAACUGGCGACUUGGACAUUUGGGAAUACCCCAACAGGUUCCUGAUCGAAGACCCCAUCGGCAAGGGCGCUGGAUUUCCCAGCCAGCUCGAAGGAAAGCGUGUGGACAAUACGAGACAUCCUGAACUACGCAGGCGGGAUGUAGAAGAGCGACAGUCUGGCACAACCAUCUACAUCUCUGCCAACACAUGUCGACAACCUUUGUGGGUUGGGUCUGGAACGCAGGACGCAUCUCCACCGCAGCUUACCCUGUAUGUAUCGAACAGUGCAGAGAACAAGGAUCUGGGGCCGGGUGGGAGCGAUCAGCAGGAAUAUCCAUUCGACGGAGGCUUCGUCAAUGCGUCCGUUCCCAAUGCAUCCGGUACUUGGUAUGUUGCGGUGUCGGCGCCAGAUAUUCCCAGCAACUUCUCUGGCUUCUGGAACUACGAGAUGGCUGUUUCGAUUGAUGGGUACUUCCACGAGGCGGAAACAGAAGACCCUUUCCUCUAUCUGGUGGACACCGACUACAACUCUGCGCUCUUCGUGACCGACAACCUCACCGAAGCCAACGCAUCGACGGAGGUGUACCAGAAAUGGCUCAAUCUGUCUGCGCCAUUCGUCAUGUUCGCCGUCAAUCAGAAUCUUACUGGUUUCAUGGGGCUGGAAAACUCGUUCUGCGGAUUGGAGACGUUUGUCAGAAACAACAGCCAGAUUCAAGGCUCGCAAGCCGACCUUCAAGGCAACAGUACCCACGUUCAGAUGGGGAUGAUUACCCGUGGUCUUGGUCAGAAACCAAAGGAGCAGUUCUAUGUCACUGGAUUAAACGACUCUAGCCAAUACAUGGCCUUCCUCGCUAUGAAUGGCAACUCCACAGCUUCUGGGGAUGGUGUUGUAGGUGGAGGUGGAAAAGUGUGGGGUACUGGUGUUGACUUCCAGACCAAAAGAGACGGCAACUGUCAGCUUCUGUUCAAUCUCACAUUCUGCGAAGAAGUCGCGUAUGCUGUCCCUGCGAAUCCCCAAAACACCGACUUCUCCAACUUUGCCGACCUACAACGAUUCUACGAAAACUUUACCACCACCUGGUAUUCUCCAUUCAAUUACACCCUCGCUCAAGUACCCUGCAACACCACCUCCGACGCACAGUACUCGCUGGCAAAGAAUUGCACCGACUGUGCAGCAGCAUACAAGGAAUGGUUGUGUGCUGUGUCCAUCCCUCGCUGCGAGGACUUCUCCAACACUGCUCCGUAUCUGCAGCCGAGGAACGUUGGGCAGCAAUUUUACAACAAUGGAUCCAUGCUGGAUGAAAUCUUCCUCAACUCCCAAUACAUACCGAUGCCUGAUGCACCCACCAUUGAUGGAAGUAUUGCAUUUCGGCAGACGUACAUCUCCAGCUUUGCCACCAAUCAAUCGCGGAAUGCAGAGAUUGAUUCAACGAUCCAGCCGGGUCCGUACAAGGAGGUGUUGCCGUGUGAGGAUCUGUGCUAUAGUCUGAUGCAGAGCUGUCCAGCGUCAAUGCAAUUCGCUUGUCCUUAUCCUGGCCGUGGAUUGGAAGCAAGCUAUGGGAAGAGGAGCUCGACUGGGGAGGUGACUUGCAGUUAUUUGGGGGCUUACUACUAUCAGAAUGAUGCGGUACGAGUGGGUGGUGUGUUGAUGAAGGCGGUUGUUGGUGCUCUGGUGGCAGCAAUGUUGGUAUGA